CUCAAAGAUAGCAAGUAAAAGCAGCAGAAACUGACCUUCAGCCUCUUCUGGUCACUUUUCCUGUUACGUCAGACUCACUAGCAGGGGUGCCAUUUAUAUCAAAUAGAGCCAUUUUAGAAGUGCGAAAAUAAAAGACAUUAGCCAUAUUUAAUAAUUGCCAGUUCUAGUCUUCUCUAUGGCCCAAGGCACAGCAACAAUGGGGUUAGAAGCUCACACAGUAUUUUUCAGAAGGAUGACGAAUUUUAUCUUGAAUGAAAUGCCAAAAGCGAGAUAUUCCAGCUUAUUGAAUGAUUUUGUGGAAUCUAACUUUUUUGUGAUUGAUGGAGAUUCCUUGCUGGUCACAUGCCUAUGUGCAAAAUCGUUCAAGAAGGGACAGAAUCUCCACUUCUUUUAUCUGGUUGAAUGCUAUCUCGUGGGGCUCAUGCGUAACGGAGGACAAUUUGCCAUUGUUUUCUUCAAGGAUGCCGAAUGUGCAUAUUUUGAUGAUCCUGAACUUCUUUCAUUGAGAACCACAUUAAUUCUCCACCUUCAACACCAUACGAGCGUGGAUGUCCAAACAGAGUUCUCUGGAUGCUUAUCGCUAGAUUGGAAAUUAUUCUUGGAAGAGCAUUACCCGUAUUUUCUAAUCGUUUCUGAGGAAGGCCUGGAUGAUUUGCAGACGUGCCUUUUUAACAUCUUAAUCAUACAUUCCUGGAAAAUGGGAGUCAAUGUUGUCCUUUCAUCAGGACAAGAAUCCGAUACUCUCAGACUUUAUGCACAUAUUCUGGAAAGCACAUACAGAUGCAGAACUUUUUCUAAGGAGAACUCAACAAUGAUUCAGAGUUCAUAUACAAGCCUCAUAAAACACUUGGAAGAAAGCAGAAUUUCAGCACUAACACCUCACUUUGCAAAUUUAAAAUGGAAUGAUAUGAUGGAAGAGGCACGUCAGACCAUGUCUCUGCUUCAGCAGCUAUGGCCAGAAGGAUCAGACAUCCGAAGUGUUCUCUGUGUUACCGCAUGUUCAUUAUCCUUGAAGAUGUACCAUAGCUUCUUGGUGCCUGGUCACCGCCUGGCCCUGGAGGAGGUGGAAGAUUUCUGUCGACUGCGUUGUCUCUGUGUGGCUUUUCAGCUCCACUUAGGUCUGCCUCGGAGAGCUCGUUCUCGAGUCAUCACGGCCUCUUGGACUAGGGACAUCGAUCUUUUCUUAAAAAUGAACAAGUGGUGUGAAUAUUUCAUUUUAAGAAACUUAAAUGCUUUUGGAAGCUGGAAUCUAAAUUUAAAUCAUAUUUCUGACUUAUAUGAUGAGCAUUUAUUAAAGAAUAUUGCAUUUUACUAUGAAUCUGAAAGUAAUCAAGAGCCACACUUGAAUCUGGGAGAUUGCAUUACAAAGGAUUAUGAACACCUGUGGAGUUUUGUGUCACAACUGGUUAAAGAAUUUGAUGUUGGGAAAUCGUUUCCUCUGAGAAGAACAACAAGCUAUUUUCUUAGAAAGAGGCAAUCGACAAACCAAGAAAUUUCUGUGAAGGAGAUUCCUAUUCUGAGUUGUAUUCCAAUGUCAUCUGCUGUGAUAGAUGCGUUUGUUGGAGACGUGAUGAAGGAUUUGCCUAUUCUAAAGAGUGAUGAUCCAGUUGUUACUUCGCUGAUUACACAAAAUAAAUCUGACAAACUUCUCCACUGGCAAGCUCACAGACUCCUUAGUGACGAGUAUGACAGGGUCAAGUGUCUCUUUGAUGAAAAAUCUGGAGAUCAUCGUGUUCUUUAUUUCCUGAAAAUGACUCAGGCUUAUCAGCGAUCGUAUGGAAAAUCAUUAGAAUCCGUCUCCACAAAAGAAAUUGUGACUCAAACUAUCCAGACAGAGAAGAAUUCCAGUGGUGCUAACAGUGAAAUAUUACAGGACACUGAACCCAAAAAAAUUAGGAAGAAAAAGAAAAAGUCAAUUCUCAAACAAGAGCUAAAAGAAAAAGAACAAUGGGGAUACCUGUCAUCUUCUCUUAAAGAAGAGAUGAAAAGGAAUCUCAACUCUGGAAUACAGAAGUUGGAAGAUUACUUGAGGUCCUGUCCAAGGGACUCAGUGAAAUUUGAAGUCGAAAUGGCAGGGUUAACUGCCUGCUUUAAAGCCUGGGAAGACCAUUGCCGAGACAAAGGCAACGUUUCAAAAGAUUUAAGUAUAGCUGUUCAAAUGAUGAAAAGGAUCCACUCGCUCCUGGAGAGAUACUCAGAACAUCUGGAAGAGGAACAUCAGCAAUUUAUAGCUAAAUGCCUUGAAUAUUUGGGCUUUCAUAAUUUGGCAACCUCUUUAGCUCCAACCCUGAUGACAGGACAUGACAAGAAAAGGAAGACAAGUAAUGAAUAUUCAGUUGGCAUUGGGCCAGCUCGAUUUCAGCUGCAGCAUAUGGGCCAUCACUUGAUGAGAGAGGAAAGGAAAGAUCCAGAUUUCAGAGUCCAGGAUUUUGUCCCCGACACAUGGCAGCGAGAGCUCCUGGAUGUGGUGGAUAACUACGAGUCAGCAGUGAUCAUGGCCCCCACAUCCUCAGGCAAAACCUACAUUUCCUACUACUGCAUGGAGAAGGUGCUGAAGGUCAGCGAUGACGGGGUGGUUGUCUACGUGGCCCCAAAUAAGGCUCUUGUUGGUCAAGUGGCAGCAACCGUUCUGAAUCGUUUUACUAAAAAGUUGCCGCACGGCAAAGCUCUGUGCGGUGCUUUCACCAAAGAUUACCGUUACAAUGUACUAAACUGCCAGGUGCUUAUCACGGAGCCUGCAUGUUUUGAAAUUCUGCUGCUCUCUCCUCAUCGCCAGAAUUGGGUGAAAAGGAUCAGAUAUGUUAUAUUUGAUGAGGUCCAUUAUCUCGGCAGAGAAACUGGAGUAAAAUUUUGGGAGCUCCUCCUGGUCAUGAUCCGAUGUCCCUUUUUGGUUCUUUCGGCUACCAUCUAUAACCCUGACCUUCUCACUAAGUGGCUGCAAUCAGUAAAACAGUACUGGAAACAGGCAGACGAGAUUCUGGAAGAAGAAUUUGUUUCUGAAAAGAAGGGCGCCAAACGUCUCCACUUUCUCCGACGCAGCUGGCCUAUAAGUCAAUCAUAUAAAGUCAGACUUGUGCUUUGUGGAGAGAGGUACAAUGAUCUAGAGAAGCAUAUAUGUUCCGUAAGACAUGAUGACAUUUAUUUUGAUCGUUUUCACCCAUGUGCUGCACUCACGACAGAUCACAUCAAAAAUUAUGGAUUUUCACCUGAUCUGACCCUCACCCCUCAAGAAAGCAUUCAGCUUUAUGAUGCCAUGGUUCAAGUCUGGGAAACUUGGCCCAGGGCUCAGGAAUUGUGUCCAGAGGAAUUCACUCUUUUUAAGAAUAAAAUAGUCAUUAAAAAGUUGGAUGCUAGAAAAUACGAAGAAAACUUAAAGGCAGAAUUAACAAGCUGGAUUAAAAACGGCAAAGUACAGAAGGUCAAACAAGUACUGAAGAAUCUUAGCCCUGAGUCAUUGUCUAGUUCAAAAUAUGAGGUAGAGAUGUUUCCUCUUCUUGUUGAAAAGUUAAGACAAAUGGAUAAGUUACCUGCACUAUGUUUUUGUUUUAAGAAUGGUGAUGUGGAAGAAAGAGCUAGAAGUGUGUGCACUCUUCUAGAGAAGAAAGAGAGAAAAAGCCAUCCGUCAACAGAAUGUCAUAGCUGCAUCCUUCACACAGAUGAAAAACUUAAAAAAAUUGAAAGAACCAUGAAGGCACAGAGGAAGAACAUUGAAAAAGGCUUGAAAAGGGCUAGAAGAUUGGAGAGAAAACUGACAUAUGAAGUUGCAUCUACUCUGAAGAUGAUUCUGGAACUCCCCCAGGACAGCACGUAUGCUGAUAUGAAUGCAGUCUGCAGCGAGAUUGCCAUGAACAGAAGCUCAGUUAUGGCUACGUUGUUUAAACGAGUGCACUUAACAAGAAAAGGUGAAGAACUGAAGUCUUUAGCACAGAGAGGCAUUGGUUAUCAUCACAACUCCAUGUAUUUUAAAGAAAGAGAGUUUGUUGAGAUACUCUUUGCAAAAGGCUUAAUUAGGGUAGUGACAGCCACGGGAACACUUGCCUUAGGGGUCCACAUGCCAUGUAAAUCUGUUGUUUUUGCUCAAGAUUCGGUCUAUCUGGAUGCGUUAAAUUAUAGACAGAUGUCUGGGCGUGCUGGAAGACGAGGUCGAGACCUGAUGGGAGAUGUGUAUUUCUUCAAUAUCCCGUUGCCCAAAAUAAGAAGACUCAUCACAUCCAACGUUCCCGAGCUGAGGGAACAGUUCCCUCUCAGCGUUACCCUAGUUCUGCGACUCAUGCUGCUGGCUUCCACGGGAGAUGACCCAGAACACAGCAAGGCAGAGGUGCUGUCGGUGCUAAAGCAUUCAUUGCUGUCUUUUAAGCAACCAAGAACCACAGAGGUUUUGAAACUUUACUUUUUGUUUUCUUUGCAGUUCCUGAUCAAAGAGGGAUAUUUAGACCAAGAAGGUAAUCCUAUGAAAUUUACAAGACUUGCGUCACAUUUGCAUGGCCAUGAACCUUCAAACCUUGUUUUUGUCAGUUUUCUUAAGAGAGGGCUUUUUCAUAAUCUCUGUCAGCCAACUUGGAAAGGCUCACAACAGUUUUCUCAGGAUGUGAUGGAAAAGCUCGUGUUAGUACUGGCAAAUCUGUUUGGAAGAAAAUAUAUCCCAGCAAAAUUCCGAGAUGCUAAUUUAAGUUAUUCUCAAUCAAAGGUGAUCCUUGAUGAACUCCCGGAGGAUUUUAAGGCCGCUUUACAUGAGUAUAACUUGAAAGUGAGGAAGGAUUUUGCUUCCUUCCUACUGAUUGCCUCCAAGUCGGUGAACAUGAGAAAGGAGUAUCAACUGCCUUUGUCAAGAAUCAAAUUCACAGGUACAGAAAGUGAAGACUCUCAACUUGUGUCUCACCUGAUGAGCUGCAGGGAAGGAAGAGGAGCCAUUUCACCAUUUGUUUGUCUCUCGGGGAACACAAACGGGGAUUUGCUUCGACCAGAAACUAUCAACCAUGCCAUUCUGCGCACAGUCGGUGUCAGUGGCACUCAGGCUCCUAUGAUGUGGUCACAGAAAUUAGACGCUCGAGGAAGAAGAAUGCUGCUAAAUGCAUAUGUUUUCAAUUUCUACAAAUAUGGCUACUUGACAGGAGUAGGCCAAAACCAUGGGAUGUCUGUCGGAGAGCUUUUAAAACAUUUAAAAGAUUUUUCACUCAACAUUAAGGAUAUCAGUGAUUCCUUGAGUGAACUGUGUGAAGAUGAGAGUGACAAUGUGGUCCUAGCAUUUAAGCAAUUGAGUCAAAGCUUUCAUGAGAAACUUCAACAAGUCCAAACUCAGAUGUAUCCAGAUCACUUGGAAUAA